AUGCAUAGAAACAUGGAAAUACGACACAUGGCUUUUCACAUGGAAACCUUGGCUCUUAUACUGGAUACCAGUGAGGGUUGGCGUGAUUUCCUGUACAUGAUUCCAAGGAACUUAAACGAUCUUUGGAAGGAGGAGUACGCGCUCAAAUAUACCGGAUUGAACGAGAGCAUACUUGAGACGGAAAGCAGGAAAAACAACUCGUCCCCGGCCAAACUGCUUCUUGACGAAUGGGGCAUAUCCGGACAGGUGCGACCCACUGUUGAUCAUCUACUGACCCUGUUGAUCCGUGCCAAACAAAUCCGUGCUGCGGAAUAUUUGACCAAACUUCUAAACGAGAAACCCCCUGCUCGGCCCAGGGAUGGUCCAGGAGCUCCGAUAGAUGUGACACUUCCAGAGGACCACCAGACGGAAUCACUGUUGAAUGGCAUCAGUUACCCCAGUUCGACUAUUUUGCAAAACAAUGUAGAAUCCGUAACGAUUGACAACAACCGGGAUUACUAUGACAAAAUGGGACCCAUGAAGCGGGUUGAAAUUAAGGAAAACUCAUCGUCCAUCGCUGAGGGAGAGUUGCCAGUGUUUUCGUCGAGCAACAACGAUACCCGAUCCGCUUCGGAUUCUUCGGACAUUCGAAAUCCCCAGAUGUUGGCAAAGUAUCCGGAACAGCUUCCGGGUCCUUCAAAUCCUAGAAAGGCUACCAACGACGCGAUGGCAAACGAAACAGAAACAGACACGAUGUCCUCUAGCAAACUACCCAUGAUUUCGGAACUUGGUAUAGAUGUAAACUCUGAUCAGCCUCGAGAGUUGGUUGAAUCUUCGAAGCUACAAAACAAUCGUAACUAUGAGCAUAUCAAUAAUGGGUAUGAUGAAACUAACGCACUUCGAGAUCAACAAGAAGAUAUCCCUGCGCUAUCGGCGUUACUCGAUGGUUCUUCCAACAGUCAGCGGAAUCAUUCCAAUAGCACAAACAGAACACAUGACAGUAUUCCAAUGCUCUCCAUGCUAGGUUCGGAAUCUAGCAGUUCCAAUACUCCAGAAAGUGUCUCUUUCGUUGCGUCGGAGCAAAUUCAGAAUUCUGUCAGUAACUUGAUCGAGUUUUCUGCUUCACCGGUGAUAGCGGAAUAUUCUUAUGAUUUGCUCCACACAGCUACCGAUGGGUUCGACUCAAACCCGUUCACAAGUGGCAACGUACACGCACCCGAUGGACGCUCGAUCGGAGCCGGCGGAUUUGGGACCGUAUUUUUAGCGCUACAACUAUCUUCAAGCAUUCCGGUGGCGGCAGUAAAACGACUUGACCCGGACAAGUACAAGUUUCAGGAGAAGUUCCAACUUGAGCUCGAUAUUCUUUCCAACCAUUUUCACACAAAUGUUGUCCGGUUAUUGGGGUGCAGUCGUGAUGGAGCCAACCUUUGCUUAGUUUACGAGUACCUAAAAGAUGGCAAUCUUGAGACAGCCCUUUCAUUGGUUCGUUCUAACCAACGGCAGUUGACGAGCACAAUUCGACUUAAAUACCUGCAUGAUAUUGCCAACGCUAUUGCAUUCCUGCAUGAUCAAGCAAAAGUCAUCCACCGUGACGUAAAAUCGGCCAACAUUCUAUUGGACGGUACGGUGGCAAAGCUUUGCGAUUUCGGUCUUAUCAAACGGACUAGCUCUCGAACAACAACGAGUAUCAUCGGCACUAAUGCGUACAUGGCACCGGAAGCUGUUCGAGGAGACGUUUCACCGGCCUUGGACAUAUUUGCGUUCGGUAUCGUGAUUGCCGAAGUCGUCACCGGAGAACCGGUGCUAGCCGAAAAGGAAUCUCGUAGCGAAAUAGAUCUGGCUGGUUAUAUAGGUCGGCAUCGGGCCGAAGGACGGGACAUGCGUUCUCUGGUGGACAUGCGUGCAAUUACGGAGAUUUCUGAACGUCAAUGGGGAGAUAUUGGAGCAAAAUUGCUCGAGAUCGCCGUGAAAUGUAUGGGAGAAAAGUGGAGCAGGCCAGCUAGUAAUUCGCUAGCCACAGCCAUCGGCAAUGUGCGGUUAGUGUCUUCAUAA